GGGGUGGGCGCCUGUAAGUAAUUGUGCUCUACCUGAACUGGAGACUUGCCUAUCGUAUCAAGUCAAAUGUCCAAUUCGGAGCGUCGGGAUCAUGCGAGUGAUCCGCGCGGUAACGAUGAUCGAGGACGUGAGGAGCGUGAGCGAGGCAUGCGUGACGAGGAGCGGGAUCGCAGUGAUCGAAAAAGAGGACCGACUUGUUAUAACUGUCAGAAGUUUGGCCAUUAUGCCAAUCAAUGUACGCGGCCGAGGAAAUAUGGCGGGGCACGCCCGUCGACAUCGUCAGAUUCAAGGAGAUCGAGGUCCCCACGAGGGGGAGACUGGAGACGAGAUCCGCCAUCGCAGCUUGAUCCUAGGGUUAAACAACAGAUCAGUGAUUUGGGGAGGAGUGUGGCAACCAUACAGCAACAUUUUGAGGAGGAGAGGAUACGGAAGGAGAACCGGUUAAGACGUAAGCAGGAGAUGGAGGAGGCGAAGAGACGUGAAGAGGAGCGACGGAUUCAGGAAGCUGAGGCACAAGCGCGCCGGGAGGAGUAAGCCAAGAAAAAAAGAGAAAAGAAGCGACGAGAAGCUGAGAGUCGUGCGAAGCUGAAAAAGGAUCUAAGCAUGCAGCUGGUCUUGCAGGUUCACGAGUUGGAAGACAAAUUUGUCGAACAUAUGCGGCAGGCUGUUGCGGGGAUACACCAGUUGCUGAGUGAUAAAGGUAAAGAGACGCGCCGAAGUUGGAACCCAGCGGCAGCAGUGACGAGAGCGAAGCCAGUAUCACUCAGGAGCUCAGCGAGAAGACGGUUGAACUCACUAUAUCGGAUAAACGCAAGCGUAAGAA